AUGUCUACCAAGAUCCCCCAAGCCGAGGAGCUCAAGGACCUCUUCAACCUCAAGGGUAAGGUCUCGGUUGUGACCGGAGCUUCCGGCCCUACCGGCAUUGGUAUCGAGGCCGCUCGUGGUCUUGCUGAGUUUGGCUCCGACCUCGCCAUCACCUACAACUCGCGUGCCGAGGGUGCUGAGAAGAACGCCAAAGAGCUCAGCGAGAAGUACGGCGUCAAGGCCAAGGCCUACAAGUGCGCCGUCGGCGACUACGCCAACGUCGAGAAGCUCGUCCAGGACGUCAUCAAGGACUUUGGCAAGAUCGAUGUCUUCAUUGCCAACGCCGGCAAGACGGCCGACAACGGUAUCCUCGACGCCACUGUUGAGCAGUGGAACGAGGUCGUCGAGACCGACUUGACCGGUACCUUCAACUGCGCCCGCGCCGUUGGCCUCCACUUCCGCGAACGCAAGACUGGCUCUCUCAUCAUCACUGCCUCCAUGUCUGGCCACAUCGCCAACUUCCCCCAGGAGCAGACCUCUUACAACGUCGCAAAGGCUGGCUGCAUCCACAUGGCCCGCUCCCUCGCCAACGAGUGGAGAGACUUUGCCCGUGUCAACUCCAUCUCCCCCGGCUACAUCGACACCGGUCUGUCCGACUUUGUGCCCCAGGACAUCCAGAAGCUGUGGCACUCGAUGAUCCCAUUGGGCCGUGGCGCUCACCCCAAGGAACUCAAGGGUGCUUUCCUCUACUUCGCCUCCGACGCCUCCACCUACACCACUGGCUCGGAUCUCCUCAUCGACGGUGGCUACACCACCCGCUAAACGCUUCGCCUACCCUUCGCACCGCAGUCUAUUGAUAGUACCCCACCAUGUCACGAAAAGAACUGGAGGCGCUUUGUUUUUGUAUACCAUAGGCUGUUGACGACAUAUUUUUUUUGAUAUAAUGAUCCUUGGCUUUGUAAGCUGGGAAAAAUAGUUUAAUGAUAACGCUUCGAACAAAAUGUUUUGCUCCGUUUUCCUCCUUCGUGUAUCAUUGUUUUCUGACUGCGACGAUGAUUGCUAAUACAUAACUCGGCUCAGUCUCGCUGACCCCAAGAGCACGAAGAUAUAUUUGAUUGAUCUCAUCCCACCUUGGAUGCUCGCCUGCCCCGCCUCUCCUGCGCCACAAUCUACCUGGGUAACGUAAACCAAGAUCUCGCACGAUGAACGCUAAGCUCCAUUGAGAAUUAGCGUUGUACCUUGUUGACAUUCCAGUGUCACUGCUCAACCACCACAAGAAGUUUUCUCUCCGGUCGUCAUUCUCAAAGAC